AUACGAGCUCAAUAACACAGGAGGUUUUACAAACUCGACUAUAAACUCCGGCAGUCACCAGCUGUUAUUGAUCAAAAGUUUGCCUAUCAUCUGACAGCUUGUUGUCCGCAGUUACCAUGGCGCUUCAGCACGACCCGAUCAUUCGAAUCGUACAUGGGCUCGCUCUCGCCCGAUUCCCUUUCUCCCGAAUUUCCCUCUCUUAUUCCUCGCUCCUCUCUCUCUCUCUGUCUCCCUCUGCUCUUCCGCUACAGGAGAGAACAAUCCCCUCAACGAUCCCUUGCCAAACUUUAAAUGGAUAACUUUUAACUUGUCCCUUCCUUUCCUCUUCUCCCCGUAUAUAUUCUCACACUUGCCUCCAAUUCGCGAGUGAAUAUUCGCAAAGUUACAUCGACAAACUCGAUGCUCUAGAACGCCCAACGUGCACAGCCCUUAAUUGCCGUUGCUUAUCUGACGGAUCGGCCGGGGGCAAAGAGGCACCCCGACCACCGACCAUCGUGCCAAAUGACUCAGCAAACUUUGAUUUUUUUCCCUCGAUCAUUAUUCCAACCCGCCCGCGCUUGUAUUCAUCCUCCAAUUUAAUUAGAUUUCUCAUUUUUUAUUUCCUCAUUCAACUUGUUUGCGUUUCGCUGAUUGACUCGUUGGCCUAUUCGUAAUUCGAUAUUUGUACCGCUGCAGUAUUCGAACGAUCGUACGAUGGACUUUGAAUACCGAAAAGCAUUACUCAACCUUCCUCUCGAGGCUGUUGUAUUAGGUCGUACUAUCACUAACUGGUACUUGCUUUCUUCCCUCCUUGGACAGAGCUCCGAAUCUCUUUGGAGCGCCCCCGAAAAAUGUCUUCGUCGGUCAACGGCACUGGGUUCGAGCGGAACUUGAUGGACGAUUCGGACUCGGAGUCAGAUUCGUGUGAGCAGCCUUUUCUCGCGUCGCUAUUAGAAGUCGAUACCAAAGGGGCUCAUCUCGAUGCUGUGAGACUCAAUAUGUUGAGUUCUCUGGCAGCUCUGAGUACCGAAACACUGAGGGAUCAAAAAUUCCUGGACUCUCUUCCUCUGGCCAGUAAACUUCUGAUAGAGUGUUUGCAAGAAACGGAAACGAAUCUCAGCGAUUCGACCAAUCCAUCAUCGCUCGAAGAUCUUGAAACGAAGAUUAAAUUGUGGCAGAAGUCUUUGGAGCCGUGGCACGAAUACUUGAAAAAGUUGAAGAAUCUUGGAACGGUUCCAUGCGAAUGUUUGGAAAAACUGUUGAAUUCUUUGCCCUCCUUCAUUCAGGCUGUUUUUUUACACUGCAAAAGAAGCCACGAUUUAUACGGCCGACAUUUUGGUGCACUAAGAUCGCAACUGACGGAUCUCUAUCGACAAACAGGCCUUGUCCUUACAGAUUUUUUCUCCCUCAUUGAUGUUUACGUCAAUUUUGACAACAGAGAAGAGACCGAAAAAAACGUACUUAAAACUGUUCUGAAGAAAAUAGGCGACAUUGCCGCCGUCUGUGAUGGCGUGAACCUCAAGAUGCUUAUGAACACGUGGAAGAUUUUCGCCAAGUUAGCCACCAUCUACGAAUCCCAGGUGAAGAAAUCCUCGUCGACCGACGUUGUGACGAGCCGCUACGUCAACAUUGCCAAAGACAUUCAUACUCUUUUGCACGUUACGCUAAGGGAGAGACAGGACACAAACUACGAGAGAGCCAUUAAGUUUGCUGGAUUGCUGUUGAAAAUUCUCGGCAGACUUUGCACUCUUUAUCGCGGAUAUUGUGGAAACGAAGUUUGCUACAUUCUCGUUCAACUGCUCGCCAAGUUAUACAGGUACACGCCACCUUACCCAUCUCAACAUUUCGUCAUCUCUGAGCCUUCGAGCGUUUCCCGCUAUUCGGAGACUCACAUUGUUCCCGCUGCGGCCGAAUUGGUGAAUAUUCUACUCGGGGAAAAAGAAUUUCCAAAAGCUUUUUUUCUCUUUGGCAAAUCCGAAGUCGAAGAUCGAAUUUGCUAUCAUUUAUUGACACUGAGUAUUAUCGAGGAGUUGAUCAAAGACAUGGGAGUAAAUUCCCGUGGGCCCUGGCUGCAAAGGGACGAAAAUAUAGUCAACCUGACUCUGAGCAACGUUGAUCGAUGCUGCCCCGAAUUUCUGAUGGGUCGAAUACGAGUUCCAGUUCGCACUGUUUCGAUUUUCGGAGACAUCGAAGAUUUGGGACUUUACGAAACGAGCUUGAAACUCUUGUGUCAUUUUGUCUCAGGAGUUUCCUGCGAUUAUUUUUCCGUGGUCGAAAUGAGCCUUUUGGAGCAUCUCGUCAACGGUGAAUUGUGGAGUUGUCUGCUCAGCUGCGAUGUAUGGUCGUUUUUAGCAGCUAAUUCUUCGGCGGAAUGGUGUUACGAGUGUGUCUCCUGUUUUCUAAAAGUGCUAAAACUUCUCAGAUCGAGAGACAAGAGCCAGGAAUUUGGAGUGAUAAGCAAUUUGAUUGGAAGGCUGUAUAAAUUAUUGCCGGAGCAGAUGAAAGAUUCAAUUUUCAGGGAGAUCGAAGACUACGGUGACAGACGUCUUCUCGAACCCUUUCGAAAGUCUUUAACUCCUUCAAAUCAGCAACAUUUACGUCAACGUUCCUCGUUCGAUGGGAGGGAUGAUCUGGAACAGAUUUUCGAUGAUUUUUGUCGCUCGCCCUCCGCCACUAAAUGGACUCGACUUUCCUCGAGGUUGGCUUCGAUCGGGGCUGUGCCGAAUGACGGGAUCACGACUGUAGCUGUGCUUCCGGGUAUUUGGAGUUUUCUUGCCUCGAGAAUUCCCAGAAGCGAAGGGACUGUACGGGAAAUGUUGUUCGAACUUGUCUCACUUUUAUUGGAUUGUUCAGCGCCCGAUUCUACGGAUAAUUCACGCGAUGAUCUUCACGCUGCUUCGAUUUACCGCAGCAUGCUCGAGAUCGUAAAUCAUUUGCCUUCCCAGCAUCGCCUCAAAAUCAACGUGUUUUUGAGGGAAAAUCUGGAGUCUCGGAUCAACAAUAGUGGGAAAGAAAGUCUUGGAGCGGUAACAGAUUUAUUUUGCCGUUUAAUCGACGACGACGAUCCUUGCGUUCGACAAGAAUUCUUCGAAACUUAUACCGAGCUUAUCGUCAACGUCGCAAGCCCAAAACUGUUCGACGCACUUUCGAUUGGUAUCAACCGUUUGCCACGCGUUUGCAGGCAAAUGCAGCUAUAUCUGUCGAAUGAAAAAAUUCACGAUUUUUCGAAACAUUCGUCGGUGGAAAAUUAUCUUGAGAAAUUGUCAGUUUCAACGAGCAAUGAUUCUUCAAAAUGGCACAAAUGUUAUCAACCCGAUUUUUCACAUCCUGUCGAAAAACGAGCCAGACUUGAUUCCAAAACCCUCGAAGAACGCGUUGAUAACAUUUGUAAAGAAAUCGAAUAUAUUACGGAGAGAAAAAACGAGCUGAGCGACUCGACGUUGGAGAAGUUGCGUCCGGUUUUUUUAAAAUUCUUCCAAACCGAUUGAUCUUUUUUAGCAUAAAGAAUGGAGCUAUAUUUUCUUCAUUAAAUAUUUCCUAUUUUUUUUGCAUAA